GACGAGGGCCUCCUGCCAAGAAGAAGAGGCAGAGAGUCAUCCCAGGGGACCAGUGUCUAACCGGUUAACCAUCCUGAAUGACCGCGUCCAAUAGAUGGAGGCGAAAUUGGAAAGGUUGGAGAAGAAGGUCGGGGAGAAAAGUGACCGGGACAAACCCCUCGCCGGGUCCUCGUUCACCGCGAGAGCCCAUUUGACACCUUUCCCGCGGAAGGUCAAGAUUGACGCCCCGAGGUUCACUAGGAAGGAGGAUCCAGAAAUCCAUCUGGACUCCUUCAACCAAAGUGCGACCAUGAACGGUUGCACAGACGAAGAAAAGUGCCUCCUUUUCUUCCAAACCUUGCAGAACCGAGCAACUGAAUGGUUCAAUAAGCUUCGCCCAAGAAGCAUUGAUUCGUUCAGUGAUUUGGCCUCAAAAUUCAAGGCCAAGUUCCAGCAGAAUUGUACUAAGAGGAAGAAAUUCACCUAUCUUAGUACAGCCGGGCAGAGGGAAUCUGAGAACCUCACUCAAUUCCUCACCCGGUGGAAGGAAGAGGUUGACAAGGUAGAAGAGAUGGACGACAAGAUGGUGUUGUCCCUUCUCUUGAAUGGCUUACGUUCCGGGGAACUAUACAAGGAGUUCUGCCGGAAACCCCCGGCCACGUAUCAAGAGGCCUAUCACACUGCGUGGGAGUUUGCUGAGGCAGAAACACAACUCCGGGCGAAGAAAGAAGCUGAGCAUGGUUUCAAGCCCAAACCGGUGCAAGUCAAGAAGGAAGAAGCGCCGGGACCUAGCCGGCCAAGGCAUCACUAUGACCCGGUCGUCUGCGUGGUCGGCACAGAAGAGUAUCAGAAAAUACGAAAAGCACCGGUCAUUCCUCCGGAAAAUCCUACCGGUCAACUGGGACGACAAUGGUCGGGCACGUAUUGCUCGUACCACAGGCCAGCAGCCCAGGGAAAUGACCGGGACAAUGACCGGCGAAGGAAUAACCGGCAAAGACAGCAACAGCCUGCUCCUGAGAAGGAACACAUAGGCAUGAUAUUCGGCGGACCUGAAGGUGGAGAUUCAGCCGCGCAGCGGAAGAAUUGGGUCUGCAGCAUUUACGUUGGUGAAGUAAGUGCUGAACCGGCCAGGCGCUUCACGGGAGAUACAGUGGAGGCUGAGGGGUCCAUAGUUCUACCGGUCGAACUAGGAUCGGGUGAAAAAACCGUAUGGAAGAAGAUGCGGUUCAUCGUUGUGGACAUCAAAUGCGUCCACAACGCAAUUCUCGGCAGGCCAGGCAUCAAUAAGGUCGGGGCGGUGAUUUCCAUGCCACACCUGUGCAUGAAGUUCCAUACUCCAGGUGGCGUGGGAGAGGUGAAAGGCGACCAGAGAAACGCCCGGGAGUGCUAUGCCCGGGCAGUCAAGAAGAUGACCAAAGGGGUCAACGUCAUCUCCCAGGAAAUCACCAAGGGAGAAACCCGGGAGAAGCUGGAGCCCGAGGCCAAGACGGUGGAGAUCGAACUCCACCCGGGUGAUUCUUCAAGGAUGGUUAGAAUUGGAGCAAAUCUCCCAGAAGAUCUCAAGGCGGAGAUUACACGGGUGCUCCAAGAAUACGCGGGCAUAUUUGCGUGGAGCGUGGCAGAUAUGCCCGGAAUUGACCGCUCAAUCAUCUGUCACCGGCUGGCAGUGAGGGAUGGAAUAUUGCGAAAUUUAACAUCCUCCGGGAGGAUGGUGGAAUGGGCAAUGGUGUUAACUCAAUUCAACAUUGAGUACCAGCCAAGAUCAGCAAUCAAGGGACAGGCCCUCGUAGAUUUCCUGGUAGAAAUGACCGGUCUAACUCCAGAUCUACCGGUCAACAAGCCCACUGAGCAAUGGUGGGAGAUGGCAGUAGACGGGGCGUCUGGUCCUAAAGGGUACGGGGGUGGUGUAGUGUUUACCACUCCUGAAGGGUGCAAGAUCUACCACGCACUUGUCUUCAACUUCAAGCUGAUGAACAAUGAGGCGGAAUAUGAAGCUCUGGCUGGAGGGCUAAGACUUGCCCAAACCCUGAAAAUCAACCGGAUCAGUAUCAAAUCUGACUCCAGUCUGAUUGUUGGGCAAGUGACCGGUAACAUGGAAGCCAGAGAAGGACAAAUGGCACAAUACAAGGACCUAGUGCUUGCCUUGUUGAAAGGCUUCGAGGAAUUCAAGAUCGUCCAAAUCCCCCGGGCGGAAAAUGCGGAUGCAGAGCUUCUCUCCAAACUGACGCAGUAUGCCCCCGAGCAUGUUUCAAAACUUGCCCGGGUGGAAAUUCUGGAUCGAGCCAGGAUCAAGAAAUUGGAAGUCACCGCCAGGAUCAAGAAAUUGGAAAUUCUGGAUCGAGCCCAUCAAAGCUGAAUUCCCAUUGUUCAGGGAAUCAAAUUAUCAACCCCAG